ACACAUUCUUACAAAAUAAAAUUAACGUUGACUAUUACUUUUCUUCUCUUCAUUACUACUAGACUAGUAAGAAAUAAGAAUGUUUGAAUAUAAAGUAAUUUUGUGAGAGAUAUAUAUAUAUAUAUAAUAAUACUGGAAGAAUUUUAUUUUCUGCAGAUAAUCUCCUUUACAGUACAAUCUACCACCAGGAAGCUACAUGUCCAUGUCUGAUCAACUCAUUGACUAUACCAAAUAACAAUUUUCGGGACAUUCCAUUAGGGAAAUUGUGAGAUUUUCCUUUUCUUUUUGGGUAUGUUAUCUUAGUACUAAUCACGAGGGAGGAAAACAACUUUGGUUGAAGGUGCAUAUCAAAUCAACUAUAUAUACUGAUGAAAUGGAACGUAGUUCAGGUGUUCAAGAUUUUCCAUAUUAUUUCCAAGUUAAGGUGCAUCGAUUAAUAUGCGUAGAGCUCCUGAAAUUCCUUGAUAGAAUAUCACAGAUAUUUUCAGCCAUCGAGUCUUCUCGACCACGAGGCUCGUCUGCAAUACCAGCACUAUGCUCAUUGCAAGAUUCAAUGGAUAAAGCCAAGUCAAUAAUUCAGCACUGCUCUGAGUCUAGUAAACUUUAUUUGGCAAUUACUGGAGAAACGAUACUGUCAAGAUGUGAAAAGAUACGUAAAACCUUGGAUUCUUGUUUAAGCCAAAUUCAAAAUAUGGUUCCAUUACUGCUGGCUGCAAAGGUAUCAGGAAUCAUUCAUGAUCUAAGGAAUGCAAAUUUUCUAUUUGAUUCUGCAGACAAAGAGGCUGGAAAUGCUAUACUAGCACUGAUGCAGCAGGACGUAGCUGCCGCCACCGGAAAAGAACUCGAGGCUUUUAAACUUGCAGCUCUACAGCUUAAAAUUACAUCCCCUUUGGCAGUGUUGAUAGAGAAAAGGUCUAUUAAGAGGCUGAUUGAUAAAGUAGGUGAUAGUUCAAAAACAAGGAAAAAAAUAUUGCACUAUCUUUUGAAUCUUCUAAGGAAACAUGGGAAUGUGAUCUUGCAAUGCCAAAGCAAUAGUACCACAUCUGCUGAAGAGCUUCUUGAUUAUGAUGAUCAGUGUGUUUCAUCACCCGAACCGCCUCAAGAAUUUAAAUGUCCCAUCUCUGGGAGGUUGAUGUAUGAUCCUGUGAUUAUUGCCUCUGGGAAGACAUUUGAGAGAAUUUGGAUAGAGAGGUGGUUUGAUGAGUGUAAUCACACUUGCCCCAUAACUAAUACAAAGCUUGAUCACAUGUUAGUCACUCCAAAUUGUGCAAUGAAGGCACUCAUCACAAAAUGGUGUUCCAUCUAUGAAAUUCUUAUUCCUAAUCCUUGUCUACAACCUUUUCCUGCUUCGAUUUCAAGGUUAAAGAUUUCAGGUUACAGUUCUAUUGUCAGCUUUGGCAGUUCUAUGGGCCAUUUGAAACUUCAGAUCAGCAAUGUGUCAAUUCACUCUUCUAGCAAUAGUUGCGGUUCAGAUUUAUCAGGCAGUGCUGGAAAUUAUGACUUCAAGAACGGGGUUAUUCAGAUGAAUUCUGAAUCUCAAAAUUCUCACUCUUCUGAUUGUAGCCAUGGAAAUGUAUUAGGUUUGAUCUUCAAGUUUGCAGAAAUUUCAUGGGAAUCACAGUGCAAGGUAGUGGAGGAUGUAAAGGAGAAAUUGUAUAGUAGUGACCAAGGUUAUCUUUGGACAACUUCGGAUGAUUACGUAAAUCCAUUGAUCAAAUUUAUGAAUAAAGCAAGAGAACUGUGUAAUCUAAAAGCACAAAGAGAAGGGGCAGAAGUGCUUUUGGCAAUUUUGACUAAGAACAGGAAUGAAAUGCCACCCUUUCAAUUAGGAGACUCCAUUUAUGUGUUGACAUCCUACUUAGAUUCAGAGAUCACUGGAGAAGUCCUUGCAAUCAUAGAAAUUUUAUCUCAUGAACAGAGCUAUCAUUCCAUGAUGUUGGUUUCUGGUGUUCUUCCCUCCAUGUUAAAAGUCCUUCAAACUCACACUAGAGAGUUCCACAUUCUUGCUAUGAAGAUACUGAGUAAUCUAUCCACAGAUAGGGACAUAGGUUACCACAUGGUGUAUUUGGAUUACAUCCCAAAGUUGGUUCUAUUCUUAGAUGACAGACUUCUUUCGGUGUAUGUCAUUGAAAUUAUAAAGAAGUUAUGUAGCAUAGAGGAGGCCAGGGUUGGAGUUGCUGAUAACAUUGCUGCCAUUGGAAAACUACUAGAGCAAGGUGUAAAGGAACAAGAACAUGUAUUGAACAUACUACAGUCACUAUGCCAUGAUGGACCUCAAUAUUGUCAACUUGUAAUGAGUGAAGAAAUAGUUGAGUGUUUAGUCCAUCUAUCAGUAAAUGGAAACUCCAAGGUGAAAUCAAUUGCACUAGAGUUACUCAAGUAUUUCGGGCAGACGACAUGUUGUAGUGCCUCAGUACUUUCUACUCCUCAUACACUUAAUACCUCAUCAUCCCCAUGCGUCUCUAAAAGACAGAGACCAUCUUCCAGAGUGUUUUGGUUGCUGGGUAGGGAUAUGUCAAUAUUCUCGAAAGGCAGAUAGCUUUAUACUACUCUUCUUGAGUGACCCUAGAGAAUAGAGAAUGGAGAUGACCACACACAACACUCGAAAUUUCUAUUCCCACUUUGCAUUAUUAAUUGCAAACUUUUCUUUGCAAAAGUGAAAAAGCUGUGGCAUAGUGAAUAAAGAUCACCUAGGCACCUACUGCAUUGAAUUGAAAACAACUGAGUGCCUGUGCAACAAACAAUGUCAUAGCUAAGGCUAUUAUGGGGUUUGAACUUUUGGUUAAUCUUUUCAGAUGGCAAAAAAAGUUAAGGAACUUUUGCACGUAACUGAUAGGGUAAGGAGAUAGUUAAUUGACUAUCUAGAAGUGAUUUUGAUCUAUUGGCAGAGUUGAACUGAUGACUCAUGACACAGUGCUUCUCCUAGAUGUAUUUUUAGAUUGAGUAGGAUACAGUUAGUGUUAGAAGAGAACAAUUAGUUGUCUUAACAGUUUUGUUUCAGCUGUAAUUAGUUGUUAAUACUGUUAUUUUUCUGUUUUAGCUUUUUUUGGAUUCCAGCUCUAUCUUCCCUCCUUUAGCUUUGUACUCUUCUACUCUAUAAAUAAGGCUAAUUAGUAAUUUUUUUCCCCC